AGGACAAGCAGGCGGGGAGCGCCGUGAAGGUGCUGUUUUGAGGCGGGGAGGUCAUUGGAAAGUGAGGCUUCAUUCCACUUCGUUUUGGCUCUUGGACGCGGUCGCUGUAUGAGGUGUCACUUAUUCUGACAGCAGACUAGCUUCUCCUGGACCCAGCCUAGUUUUUUUUCCGCUCGAAAUGUUACGUUUAGUUCUGCGCCUGAGGCCGUGUGUUCGGUCCGCCCGGCCCGCCGUCCUGUCGGGCCCCGCGCCGGUACCGAGUCAGCUCAGACGGCUCCACAGUGACCGCAGCCAUGGCCGCUCCACACAAGCUUACAGCGGCAUCCUUACUGGAAAGACCUGUGUCUUACAGCAGCAGAGCGCUGCGCUCAGUCAGAGCAGCCGAGUCUACAGUCUGCCGCCCCACCAGAAGGUGGAACUCCCUGCUUUGUCACCCACAAUGCAGCUGGGCACCAUUGCUCGCUGGGAGAAGAAGGAGGGUGAUAAAAUCAAUGAGGGUGACUUGAUCGCUGAGGUGGAAACAGACAAGGCCACAGUAGGAUUUGAGAUGCUAGAAGAGUGCUAUCUUGCCAAAAUCUUGGUGCUGGAGGGCACAAGAGAUGUACCCAUUGGAUCAGUCAUAUGUAUUACAGUUGACAACCCUGACCUCAUCCCCGCAUUUAAGGACUUCACUCUGGAAAAACUGGCUGCUUUAGCUCCUGCAGCAGCAGCAGCCCCUCCACCUCCAGCUGCACCUGCUGCUGCUGCCCCCUCUUCUCCUCAGGCUCCAGGCAGUUCAUACCCUCCACAUAUGAAGAUUCUUCUACCAGCUCUUUCCCCCACUAUGACAAUGGGCACUGUGCAGCGCUGGGAGAAGAAAGUAGGUGAAAAAUUGAAUGAGGGUGACCUGCUGGCAGAAAUUGAGACAGAUAAGGCCACAAUUGGUUUUGAAGUACAGGAGGAGGGUUACCUGGCUAAGAUCAUGAUCCCUGAGGGAACCAGGGAUGUUCCACUGGGCACACCGCUCUGCAUCAUGGUAGAGAAAGAAUCUGACAUUCAGGCAUUCGCAGACUAUGUAGAGACAGGUGUGGCUGCUACCCCACCUCCAGCUCCAACACCGGUUGCGACUCCUCCCCCUGCAGCUGCUCCAGCGGCCCCAGCUACUCCGACUCCUGCCGCUCCGACUGCUGCUCCUGCAGCAGCUGCUAGGAAGGGCAGGGUGUUCGCUAGCCCUUUGGCCAAGAAACUAGCAGCUGAGAAGGGAAUCGACCUUGCACAGGUCACUGGCACUGGACCAGAUGGCAGGAUAACCAAGAAAGACAUUGAGACUUUUGUCCCAGCCAAGGCUGCUCCUGCCCCCAUUGCUCCUGCAGCUGCUCCUGUAGCACCCACACCUGGCCGUGUACCAGCAGCUCCAGCUGUGGCCCCAGUUCCCACUGGCACCUUUACUGACAUCCCAAUCAGCAAUAUCCGUAGAGUGAUUGCACAGAGGCUGAUGCAGUCAAAACAGACAAUUCCUCACUACUACUUGUCUGUGGACAUCAAUAUGGACCAAGUUUUGGACCUUAGAAAAGAACUGAAUGCGGAGGUAAAAGCAGAUAACAUCAAACUCUCGGUCAACGAUUUCAUAAUCAAAGCCUCGGCACUGGCAUGUUUAAAAGUGCCAGAGGCCAACUCCUCCUGGAUGGACACAGUCAUCCGACAAAAUCAUGUGGUGGAUGUUAGCGUUGCAGUCAGCACACCUAGCGGUCUGAUCACUCCUAUUGUCUUCAAUGCCCAUAUUAAGGGACUAACAGCUAUUAGCAAAGAUACAGUCUCACUGGCUACCAAGGCACGUGAGGGUAAGCUGCAACCACAUGAAUUCCAGGGUGGCACAUUCACAGUCUCCAACCUGGGCAUGUAUGGCAUAAAGAACUUCUCAGCCAUCAUCAACCCUCCUCAGGCUUGCAUCCUGGCAGUGGGGGGCUCAGAAAAGAGGUUGCUGCCUGCAGACAAUGAGAGAGGGUUUGAUGUAUCCAAUAUGAUGUCCGUAACUCUUAGCUGUGAUCACCGGGUGGUGGACGGAGCAGUAGGGGCUCAGUGGUUGGCCGAGUUCCGCAAGUUCCUGGAAAAACCCAUCACUAUGCUGCUUUGAGCAGGGAGCUGACCCUGCCCCUCAGUCCAAAAUACCAGAACUUUUCUGAGGAAGAAGUCUCUUGCAAAUGUUAAAUACUCAGAAUUGCAGGUUAUUUUCUCCCCUCUUGUCUUCACUCUUAACUUUCACGGUAAACACCCUUGGGUACUGUAUUUAUGCAGCUUUAACGUGUCAGAGCCUGAAAUAAUUUCUCAACCUACAGUAGUGUGUUGCUCUUAGGUCAAUUUGUAUAGUUUGACUGUAGAUGGAAUUGUUGGUUAAGGGUUUUGUUUUCUGCCAGGAAACGCCACAAGUUGGUGCACGUCAUUCAUUCAAGGGUUUGAAAACUGUCCAAGUCCUCCAGUUCUUUUUGCCAGGCUUUUACCACUUGUAACACUUUACACUGGGAGAUGUUUUGGCACAGAGAGAAGAUGUGCUGUACGUUCCCAAGAAAGACAUAGUAAAAUAAUGAAAUACUCCAUUUUGGGAUGUCAGUGCCAAAGGAGCUUAUCAGUGCUAUGUCUCAGCCAGGUUAAAGGUUUUAAAAAAAACCAAAAAAAAAAAAAAACCUUUGUACCUGUUCACACACAGACCUUUUUCAAACCGCAAUUGAUGUUUCAUACUAUGUACUGAGUUGUACAUACAUGCAGCGUUUUUUUUUUUCUCUGGGCCAUAUGGUGAGCCUGUAUAAAAUGACCUUAUUUGAACGUUUGAGCGUUUAUUUAUUACAUCUUUCACUCCAGGCAAAGCACGCCCUUUGUUCUGUGUUCUUAUUUCUAGCAUUUAUUUUUCCUUUUUUUUCUCAAUUGUGGAAAUAUUUUCAAAUCUAUAUUUCUGUAUUGAAGACGCACAAACAUGUAGAAUUCAGCAACCUGCUACAUGAAUAAACAAAACUAAGUCCCUAAACUGAACUGAAAUGAUGGCCUACGUCUGACGUUCUCAGAGUUAAGAACAUUUUGUUCAGGGCAUUGUGGCCAGUCAGGCAGUGUUCCCAAAUCAGUGGUUAAAACUGAAGUCAAAAAGGAAGCCAGAUAUGUACUAUUAUUAUUAAGGGAAAAUGCACAGCCAUUAUCCAUAUUAUGAGAGAAUAAACAGGAAAUAAAAACCGUU